AUGAUGCCCGACGCUUGCAUACCUACCCAGAUUAGGCUUGCUGCCACUGCACACAGCGGCGGGAAUUCUGCAGGCCGCCAGUCCAUGAGUCUGAAUUUCUGCACGCAUUGCAGCCUUUGCUCAGAUUCCACAGACGUUGCUGUUGACGUCGAAAACCACCUAAGUUAUAUAAGGCAAGAAUAUCACCACCUCCUUCACCUCCACACUUUCCCCUUCCCAUCCCUCAGCCGAAACCUCGACGUUUCCGCCCAAAAUCCUCAAAUCUGUGGUUCGCGUUUUACCCGCCAGACGUCUAGAACACCUCCCAUCACAACAACAACAGAGCGUGCACUACGUCAUUCACACCACAACAGCAUCGCCGUAUUAAAUAGAGUUUAUAAGCCACGCAGCGAACGAUUCAACUUCGCACCGGCUGUAUUUUCUUCUGCACAGAAGCUCAAUCUGAAACACAUUAGCUUCGUAUACUAG